AUGGCAUCAGGUGAAUUUGAUGUAGAGCUCUUUGAGCGAAGGCUUCAUACAUUAAAGGACUCACAGGAGUCGAUACAGGGCCUCUCUGCUUGGUGUUUGGAGAGGAGACAGCACCACAAGAAGAUUGUUGCCACCUGGUUACAAGUUCUCAAAAAAGGUAAACUUGCUACUGUACUUUUUGUGUCAAUAGUAUUGUAUCACCUAAAAGUUGAACAUCGUCUUACGCUCUUUUAUCUGGCGAAUGAUGUUAUACAAUAUUCAAAGAGAAAGAAUUUUGAAUUCGUGGAAUCGUGGGGUACAACUUUGCAACGAGCAACAACUAUGGUUAGAGAUGAAAAAGUGAAACAUCGCAUAUUGAGAAUCUUUAAGAUUUGGGAUCAGAGACAAGUAUAUGAUGAAGAAUUCCUGGCAGAUCUGUCCGGGUUAAUUUCAGCAGCUCCAAAAAAGAAGUUAGAGCCUCAGCCAACAGCACCGCCUGAAGAAUUUCAAGCUGCUUUACUUAUUUCUACUAUGAGAUCAUGUGCCACGUUAGAACAAGCGACUGAUGCACGAUUAAGAGAUUUACGUGAAAGUAAUAUAGAUAUAGAGAAUGCAGAAGAAUUGUGUGCUUCGUUAAAAGAUAGAAGAAGAGUUGAAGACGCAGAAAAAGAAGUGGACUUGGCAGUUAGAAAUGUUGAAAACUAUGUACGCGCAUUAGAGGCAGAAAUUAGAGAAAGGACACAAGUACUUGAGCUAUUAGAACAAGCUGAUCAAUUUUAUGAAACUCAAAGAGGUGAAGUGAAAAUAGUUACUAAUGCAUACAGAAAUUUUGGUAGUCGUGUAAAGAAUUUGAAGAAGAAAUUAGAUGAACUUUUACCGACGUUAGUUUCACCAAUUCCAUCACCAGAUAUAAAUGCUCCAUCUCCAAGUCCUGAUAGUGAUAUAGAACUUCCAGGAGAAGAAAAUCAAUCUCAAAAUCAAUUAGGAAUUAUAGAUGUAGCACCGCCAUCUAUGUAUGGUUCAUAUUCUCAUGACUAUGAUCCAGUACCUGUACCAGCUCCAGAGAUGGGUCAAGGCAAUGAUUCCGGUGAUUUUACUAAUAAUUUUUCGUCUUUUAUGGGAGGAAACGUGGAUUUUGGUAAUAUGGCUAAACCAAUAGAAGUGAUCAAUAUGAGGCCCUCCAAAAACGAAAGUAACAGCGCAGAUUUUAAUAUCUCUAGUUUCUUAAAGACUGUUCUUCCUUCUUCCGAUGGAUCACAAGAUCCUGGUGGUAUUCCUGGUCUUGGUCUAGAUAUUCCAGAGUCGCGAGUGGAAUCUCCGCAGCGUUCAAAUUAUAGACAUUCACCUGUACUAGGGCAGCAUUCAGUAACUCCCGUGAUUUCAAGAAUUAUGAGUAAUCAAAACACAUCUAUAGGUGUGAAUAAUUGUCCGCUAACACACAGUACUCCAUUACCUGUUCGGAAUUUGUCCAGCGAGUCGCAUACUCCUUCCCCGUAUUCCAGUCAAAACAGUCAGAGUAACAUUGUACCAUUUGACGGCCCGACUAAUAAUAAUACUGUUAAUCCCUUACCACCUCCACCAUUACCUCCACCUAUUUUCCUCGACGAUGAAAAUUGUUACAAUAAGUUACCACCUAAAUUUCCAACGUGGACACCUCCGAGUGAAACUAUGAAAGAACCAGCAAAAUGGGAAGAAAAGGGUUCUGUAACAUUUGCAGGAAAAAAUAGUAUGAAUCCAACCUGGCCUGGCGAAUGCGACGAGAAAACAAAAACAUGGAUGGAUGGUGAUGUUGAUAGGUGGGAUUCUAUUAACGAGUCUACGUGGACUGGUACUGUUAGAGGGAAGAACGAAAUUCUAUCCGAAACACCAGAAUCACCACCCAUGUAUGAGAAAACUGGAUUUACAGAUCCAGUUGAAUACGAUGACUCUCAACCACAAGAAUCCCUUUUGAAUACUGCCGGAGAUGUAGAUCAUAGAGUAAUACCUAUCCCGAUGACAGUGGAGAAUCAAUUGCCAUAUCGUUUAAUGAAAGCAGCGGAUGUCGAUCAUCGAAAUUUAAUUAGUUUAACAGGAAGUCCAGCGAAUCAUAAUGCCAAUGAUACUAUGAAUACGAUAACCAACAGUAACAAUCUAUGGUCUACGAGUGAUCAAGAUUACCGGAUUGCGUUUGGAAUACAAAUUUCAAUUUUCAUAAUACAUAAUAACUCUAAUGCUUUGCAAUACGAAAUCAGGCAACAUAUGCAACCAGGCGAUAUCGUGGAAAGUGUCGAUAUGGAAAUGUCAGACGAUGAGACUGAUAGUAAGCCAAAGGGGAGGGUAUUGGUUGACGUACGAUCGCAAGAUAGAGACAUGAGAGUUGGUAAUCAAUCAGCGACUUCACAGCACAUGGACAUGGACAUGCGAAUGAUCCCACUUCCUGCCGGCCAAAUGCCAGGAUCGCAUGGACAAAUAAUACAAGAUGUGCACAUGAUGCAUUCAGGACCUCCGCCACCUCCACCCCCACCACCGCAAUUCCAUCCAGGCCAACCGUCAUUUCAUCAAGAUCAAACAGAUUUUCGACACAAUCCCACUGAAUUUCAUCCAACUCAAUCGAAUUUCCAUCAAAACAGGCCGCCGCCGAACUUCAUCCAAAACCAGCAAGACUUCCAACAGGAAUUCCUUCAGCUACACCAAACGCAACCAGAAUUUCCAAAGCAAGAAUUCGAGUAUCGUGAGAAUCAUACGUUACGACCUAAUCAAGAAUUCACCGGCGAGCCACAAAUGCGUGGCAGGUACUCUCAGUCUACGGAGCAUCAGCACAGAGACGUUGGUUUUCAUCGGAACGAUCGAGGAAGCCGAGGUAACCGUGGCUUCGCGAGGAACCGGCGAGACAGAUACUCGGACGACCAUAAACAGAGGAAUCUUCAAAACAGUCGUAAGUCUCGAUCGCAAGAACAUCAAAGAUCUUCACCAGAAAUUCUGCCAAAUAGUCGUCCUCUGUUGGUCCCUGCGCCAGACACUGUCGUCAUCCUCGAUGAGGAGGGUAUGCCGAUAGGACUGCCUAACGAAAAGGAAGCACCAACGAACGCUGAACAUCUUCCAGAUACGGAGCAAGAAGAGAACAUGGAUCAGGAUCGUAGAUUGUCACACGGUACGCCAAACUCACGGAAUCUCGACCAGCAGUCUGUAUAUUCGACUGGCUCGAAUCUUCACGAACACGAGUCCGAGCCUCCAAUUACGGAUCCAGACGAGCAACAAGCAAUGAAUCAAGUGACCGUUGUAUCCGUGAUAACGGAUCCUAAGGACUCGCAAUACGCUUCUGUCGGGGAAUACGAGCAACACGUUGAUCCUGAAGCCAUGAUGUCGGAGAAGACCUGUGACAGCAGCGAGUCGAUUGAAAACACUGGCCAGGAAAUUAAUUUUUCUGAGCAGACGCAACAGCAACAUAUGCCAGAUCAGUUAGACGAUCUUGGCAACUCAAUGUCAAGCAACGAAUUGAAAAGACCGUCAACGAAUGGCAGCUUCGACGAGAAUGACGUUAAUUCGAGUAAAAAGAUCGCUUUGUCGAACGGGCCACCGACACCGACAGAGUCUGAUUCCGGUUUGAAUGGCCCGAUACCGCAGGUCUCGGCGGAGUCGUCGCAUUCAGGAAUGUAUGAUUUCGACGUUGGACCGAAUUUCCGACCGCGUCUCGGUGGUCCAGUUCCAUUUCCUCCAUGGAGAGGAGGUCCACCGAGAGGCAGAGGUUUCAGAGGUGGUCCAAGAGCUCCUUGGAUGGACAGAGGACCUCGCGGACCUGUGAUCGGCAACUUCAUGCCGAGGGGACUAAAACGCGGUGGACAAUUUAGGGGUAAUAGUUUCAGAGGUCGAGGACGUGGUAACAAUUGGUAA